UAGCUUUUCCGAAAAAGAAAGAAACACUGAUAUCCGUUUUGUUCCAUCUCCCUUUCAAUUAUCUUUGAAUAUAUUUCGUGAGAAUAUGGCGGACUUACGUGAUGAGCAUGGAAACCCAAUUCAGCUAACAGACCAAUAUGGACACCCGGUUCAGCUGACCGAUGAGCAUGGAAACCCCAUGCACCUUACAGGGGUUGCCACCACGGCCGGCUCUGGUGUUGCUCCAACGACUGUUGGUGGAAUACUGCACCAGCAGCCACAGUCAGUAGAAACGGCUGCCGGCUCUGGUGUUGCUCCAACAACUGUUGGUGGAAUACUGCACCAGCAGCCACAGUCAGAGCAAAAGCAACAGCUGAGAAAAGAACAGCAACUACAACAAGAGAAGAGACAACAACAGGAGGAGAAACAACAACAGGAGGAGCUCCACCGCUCCGGCAGUUCAAGCUCUAGCUCUUCAGAGGAUGACGGACAAGGUGGGAGGAGGCCGAAGAAGAAAGGUCUGAAAGAGAAGAUAAAGGAGAAAUUAACCAUUGGGAAGCACAAGGAGUCGAAGGAGGAAGAGCAAUACAAACACGGUCCCGGAACGGGAACGACGACAACAACCAGUGCCAUGUCCACUAGUACUGCACCAGAGCACCAUGAGCAUGAGAAGAAGAGUAUGAUGGAGAAGAUCAAGGAGAAGUUGCCUGGUCAUCAUAAUCAUAAUCACUAGAUCCAAUAAAAAUAGUUAUUUAGUGGGAUUAUGAAAAUAAGAAUGUGGUAUUUGUGUAGGAAGUACGUACUCUUUAUAUUAUGGUAGUCGGUUUUUAGCUUAUGGGUAAUAUACUGUAGCAGUAUACAGCAUUUGCUUGCUUGGUUGAUCAUCAUAGUAUAGCUGGUGGUGUAAGUUUAAGAACAAAAACUUAAGUUUGUUCUUUUCUAGUAUUUUAAGGGCCUUGUCUUUGUUGCUUUCAAUUCUUGUACAUGGAUGUCUGUCUGUCAAUUUUGUUGUUUCCAGUUUGGUGCUAUUAUAUGAUCACUCAAUUGUCUGCCA